AUGGUUUGCUCAGCAUCUACUAUAUUAGAUGCUCUCCACCUCCAUAGCUUCUUUUCCUUCUUCUUCUUCUUCUUACUCAAGCUCUCCAUUUUACUCUCUCAUCACAAAGUUUCUUCCUAUCUCUCCAUAUCUACCUUCCUCUCUCAUGAAAUGUGGUGCAGUCAAAACCCAACAAGCCAGAGAACCAAAAAUUUACCCCUCCAUCCCCCCACCAUCAACAUAUCCGCCAUGGCAAACCUAGAGAGCUUGCCAGUAGAGAUCAUAGAAAUCAUCAUCAAGAACUUUGAAUAUUCUAUCGAUCUCUGCGCAUUUUCACAAGUGAAUCACCGCCAUUAUCUCAUCACUUCCAAAGAGUUGAACCGCCGCAUCUGCCAGGACCCUCUUCUUCCUCAAGACGAACUUGAUGGAAGCCCUCUUCACUCAGCAGCAAUAUCUGGGAAUGAGCCCUGUAUACGAAGGAUGUUACAGGCAGGUUAUCGGCCUGAUCCUCGCGUUGACCGGGUGUGGGAUCCAGUCAUCCUUGCAGCGCAAGGAGGACACACAGAGAUUGUGAAGAUCCUACUUGAGAACGGCGUCGAUUCCAACACGACCUAA